AAGACUGAUAUCAUGGGUUAGGGUUAGGUUUAGGCCUUGUCCUCCAAUUGCAGGACUUUCAGAAGGUUCCUUCUUGCUAUAUACACUGUAUGCAUAUGUCGAUCUCUAUCUAUGUUACCAAACAUCCUUCCAUCCAUCCAUUUUCUUAGCCGCUUAUCCUCACAAGGGAGUGCUGGAGCCUAUCCCAGCUGUCAACGGGCAGGAGGCGGGGUACACUCUGAACUGGUCGCCAGCCAAUCGCAGGGCACAUAGAGACAAACGGCCGCACUCACAAUCACACCGAGGUGCAAUUUAGAGUGUCCAAGUCGUGUUGCAUGUUUUUGUGACGUGGGAGGAAACCAGAGUUUCCGCAGAAAACCCACGUAGGGUCAGGGUGAACAUGCAAACUCCACACAGGCGCAUUAGGGAUUGAACCCGGGACCUCAGAACUGUGACGCCAACACUUUCCAGCUGCGGCACCGUUCCGUUUAUUACCAAACAGUUUUGCUAAAAUAAAAUACACGUACACUAGUAGACUAACACUGGGAGAAAACACAUAACUGUAAUGCAACAAAAGAAAAAGUACAUAUCUGUACAUACAUUUACUGUUCUUGUUCACACUAGUUGAUUCAAAGUCCACUGUUAUUCAUGGAAAAAAAAAGGCAGCUGGAAUGGACCCAUCUGUUUUUUCACCACAAAAUGAUUGAUGAUUUUGACGUAUAUGGCUUUUUGUAACUCCCGCCAUGAAAAUCCUCUCGAGGGAUUUGUCUUUGAGAAGAAGCAGGAAGUGACGUUAUCAGCAACAGCGCACUCAGGCUGGCUCGUCUGUUUGUACUAGUUUUACAUGCUGGAAGGGAGCUCUUUGUUCCUUCGUGUUAGCCAAAAUGUCGGCUCCCUGUAUUGCUGGAUAUUGUUCGAACACUCGGGAGGAUGGAUUUACUCUUCGUACUUUUCAAAAAGACCCGCUUCAUCAUGACAAAUGGUUUGCACGGGUGCAAAGGACGAGAGCUUCGUGGUUUCCAAAUGACAGCUAAGCAAUAUGGCGAUCACUUGGAUGUCGAAUGAGACUUCAGCAACUUUGCGCAUGGAUGACACGCUCUCCGCUCAUAUUUAUUUUUGUAUGGACAUUGAAGUGAAUAAUGUUAUAUGUAUUUUUCAUUACAAUAUCUCUUUUAGUAUGUUUAUAGGCAUGACAGUGGAGCUUUAAGUAGUUUUGUCAUCAUCAACAAACAAGGACCGACGAAGAAAAAAAAAGUGUGCAUACCGCCUCCGUUCAAAAGGAGGCGCUAAUGCGUUACAACCUCAUUGCAACAUCCCAUCAAGAAGAAAACGAGGAAGGUUGUGGGGAAGGAACGUGUGAUUUGAAAUUCAACAAGAAGAAAACAAACCCUUUUUUAUGACUCUUUAUCCGUAAAGGGGCACAAAAGAGAGUCGAGAAGACAUCAAGCCGAGCGUCCUCGAUGGCAGCUCCUGGCUUGCAGCAUCCUGGCUUCCUCCUGGCCAAUCUUAAAGUGGACUUCCCGAACAAAACGUUGGCACAGCGAUGCCAGGAUCUCGUCAAGAUCAUUGAGGACUGUCAUGCAAAGGAACUGCACGCCAUCUUCUCGUGGCUGGUGGAAAGCGUUUUCGGAAGUUUGGACGGUGUCCUCGGAGGAUGGAACCUUCGCCUUCUCCAUUCCCGGUGCGGCGACUUCGCACUCGUCAUCGAUUUCCUGAAGCCCAGUGGGCCCAUGAUGAAACUGGUCUACAAACUUCAAGCAGAGGAAUACAAAUACGAAGUGCCUGUCAAUUAUCUGCCGUUUCCGGUGAAGACGUCUAUCCAGGAAGGUGUCCUUCCCGACUGUCCACUCUUUCAAAACCGGCCGCACUUUCCCAUGUCCGGCAUGCUGACUCUCAACAUGGCGCUGAAUCCUUUUGAGUUCUUCAUGUUCUACUUUGCUUCCUGUCUCAUUACACCAAAGAGCUUCCCAGUGUGCCAACAUGGCGGCACCACCGACAGUGCCUACUUUAUCUUGGUGGACAUGUACCUCAAGUACUUCCUGCCUACCGAAGGAAGUGUGCCCCCUUCCCCCUUUUCUGACAGCAGAGGCUCAGUCAGCGCACCUUCUCCAAGGUCGAGCAACAUUUCUUUGACAGGUUACGGCCUCCACAGUCCAAGUCUGCUGAAGCAUCACAUCUUCCAUCAGCCGUCCGUCAACGCCGACCCUGCAGCUCAGGAAAUCUGGAGGUCUGAAACGCUGCUGCAGAUGUUUGUGGAGGUGUGGCUGCAUCACUACUCUUUAGAGAUGUACCAGAAGCUUCAGUCGCCUCAAGUGAAGCUGGCGCUGCUCCAGUACCGCCUCAGUAUGUCCAGCAUGCCGCGUCAACCCCACAGCUCACCGGGCUCAGGGACACUCUACACCUACCAAGAACCGUUCAGUCCGAGCGAGGAACAUGUCCUGGUGGUGCGUCUGCUGGUCAAACAUCUGCACGCUUUCUCCAACAGCCUGAAGGUGGAGCAGUUGUCGUCUUCCCCGACCCACUCGCACGCCCACGCAAGCCCCCUGGAGGAGUUCAAGAGAGUUGUGCUGCAGCGUUUCGUCCAGCAGAAGCUUUUCCUGUUCCUGCAGCACUGCUUCGGCCACUGGCCUCUGGACGCCUCCUUCCGAGCGGUGCUGGAGACAUGGCUGAGCUUCAUCCAGCCGUGGAGGUACGCUAACAACAAUAUGGCCAACUCGCCAGCAGACGGCUGCAGCAGAGGCGACCCCGAGAGACGGGAGUCUUUUGUUCAGGAGAACCUGCUGGUUUACACCAAGCUCUUCCAGGUCUUCCUGAACAGAGCCGUGCGAAUGGACCUAGUCAACGCCAAGAACGCCUUGAUGCUCUUCAGGGUGGCCAAAGUAUUCUCUCAACCCUACCUGGCAGAUAUGAUCCACAAGGCCGAACAACUGUUCCUGGAGCCGGAGAUGGUUCUCCAUCACCGGCAGCCGCGAGUGUGCCUAACGCCUGGCCAGGGAGGCAGCUUCCAGUCCUCCGGUCAAGGCGGUGGGUUCCUGUCGUCGCGGCAACGUACAGUGACUGAUGCCGUGUUCCGGGUGAAGAGUCACGUGUACGCCUUGGAAGGCCAGGACUGCCGGUACAAACAGAUGUUCGGCUCGGAGCUGCGAGCCGUGGUGGUGAAAUUGGUCCAAAUCGUCGCGCAAGCCAGACAGACGGCCAAACGGAUAUCAGACCGAUCUAGCCAGGCGGCGGCCAACAAGUCUUUUCUGUCGUGGUUCGCCGCACCUUCCUCAGAUUCCCAUAAUGGGCUUUACGGCGUUGAGCCGGAAGAGAGCAGCGAGUGUCUGAAGAAGACUCACGAGUUCCUGGACAAGGCGCUGGAGAACUUGUGUGCCAUCUUUAAGCUGAACCAGAGUCAGCUGACUCAGGUCCUGGCCAGCGUGGCGUCCCGUCAAGAUGACGACGAGUCCAAGCGUCUGCCCGAUUGCACCGUGGGAGAGCGUGGCUUGGUCCUCACCGAUUUGGGAAGGCUGCAGAUCAUCAACGGACUGCGCAAGUUCGACAUUCAGUACCAAGGCGACCCGGAGCUGCAGCCAAUCAGGAGCUAUGAGAACGCACUACUGGUCAGGUUCUUCUACAGGAUGUCGUCGCUGCUCAACGCCAAAUUUGAAGGCCACAUGAGCGAGCUGUGCUCGCGGACGGAUUUCGCCGGUCGACUCUGUCGUCACUACCUGGCCGGUCCCGAUCCCGACGUGGCCCAGAGCAGGAGUCCCGCAUCCUCUUGCUACUGGGACAGGAAGCGGCGGCCCGGCGUCAGCUUGCGUCCGCUGGCCAGCUACAGGACCCUGUUGGCGCUCGGCUUGUGCUACGCCACGGGCGCCCUCUUGUCCUUCGGGCCCGUGGCCAGCACCCUACUGAUCGUGGCGGCCGUGUUCCUACACGGCGUCACAGUGACGCUGUUGGUGGACAAGUGGAAGACGCACUAGUGAGGAAGAAAGGUGUGCAAUUUAGGAAGGGCACAGCAUCGUCGGAGGAUUCCAGAAGCAGUUUGUGUAAAAAUGCAAAGAUUUUCAUCACAAAAUGCAAUAAAACGUUUGUCUUUUCUA